UUUGCUUGGGGGUGAUGCAAAUGAAGGUUUAAUAAGCUUAAAGGAGUGAUCGGAGAUUUAACAAAAACAAUGGCGAAAUGUCACCGCAACAACAUCGGAUCUCUCAUUCUUGACCGUGCUCCUUCCACUUCUUCUUCCUCUACUUCUUCCGGCAACCAUUUCCGUCUCUGGAGCACUUUCUCUAGAUCCAAGUUCCGUAGGAAGAUCGUCGACGCCGUCAGUUGCGGUGGUAGCUCACGUUACCGUCACGAGCUACGAGAAGAGAAGGAUGACAAGGAAAGCUACGUGACGGCGACGGCUAAGUCAACGAAAGCCAAUACGAUCGGCGCGGCGUUGAAUGGCGUAGCGUUCGAGGAUAAAUCGAAGAAAUCUGAGAAGCUCUGUGAUCUGUUGAAUCUAGCUGAGGUCGAAGCUGAUGUUGAGACUAAGAAUAAAGAGGAAGCUCUUGAGGUUUUGAAGCGUGUGGUCAGAGAGUUACAGUCUUCUUCUGCUGCUGCGGUGGCCGCGCGUGGAGAUGAGGAAGACGGUGGGGGCUGUCGGAAGAAGAUAGCGGCGGCGAGUGAGGUGCGGUUAUUGGCUAAGGAAGACUCGGAGGCGAGAGUGACGCUUGCUAUGCUCGGUGCGAUUCCGCCUUUGGUUAGUAUGAUCGACGACUCGCGUAUCGUUGAUGCUCAGAUCGCUUCGCUCUAUGCUCUGCUCAAUCUUGGGAUUCGUAACGACGCGAACAAAGCAGCCAUUGUUAAAGCUGGAGCUGUUCACAAGAUGCUGAAGCUAAUUGAGUCUCCCAACACACCUGCUCGAGAGAUUGCAGAAGCUGUAGUCGCCAAUUUUCUCGGAUUAAGCGCUCUAGAUUCUAACAAACCGAUCAUCGGUUCUUCUGGAGCGAUUAUCUUCCUGGUGAAAACUCUCCAGAAUCUGGAUGAAAGAAGCAGCUCACAAGCGAGAGAAGACGCCCUUAGAGCUCUCUACAACCUCUCUAUUUAUCAACCAAACGUUUCGUUCAUCCUUGAAACAGAUUUGAUCACGUAUCUCUUGAACACAUUGGGAGACAUGGAAGUGAGCGAGAGGAUUCUCGCCAUCUUGAGCAAUCUUGUGGCAGUACCAGAAGGGAGAAAAGCAAUCAGUUUAGUGUGCGACGCAUUCCCUGUGUUAGUUGAUGUACUGAACUGGACAGACUCACCGGGAUGCCAAGAAAAGGCCACUUACAUACUAAUGUUGAUGGCUCACAAGGGAUACGGAGAUCGACAAGCCAUGAUUGAGGCGGGUAUCGAGUCAGCGUUGCUCGAGUUAACACUUUUAGGAAGUGCAUUGGCACAAAAGAGAGCCUCAAGAAUACUAGAAUGUCUAAGAGUAGACAAAGGGAAGCGAGUCUUGGAUAGUACUGGAUCAUGCGGAGCCUUGUCUGCACCGAUAUAUGGGACCAGAGACAAUGGUAUGAACCACGAGGAAAGCGAUCAUAUGAUGAGCGAAGAGAGGAAAGCCGUGAAGCAGUUAGUGCAACAGAGUUUACAGAGCAAUAUGAAGAGAAUCGUGAAGAGAGCUAACUUUCCACAAGACUUUGUUCCUUCAGAGCAUUUCAAGUCACUUAGUUUGAGCUCCACUUCAAAGAGCCUCCCGUUUUGAAAAAAAAAUUGGCAUGAUAUUGUAAAUCCUGGUAGGAUUAGUGGGCAUUGACUUAGUCUCUCACAUGCACUUCACCCAGUUUCUUUACACUUCCUCGACACCCCACUCACAUAGCCCAAAUCUUAAGAUUACCAAAUUGCCCUAUCUACCUUAACUAAAGGUGUCGGUCAUUUUCUUCCUUUCAAGUAUGGCUUGGUCCACUCUUGCUUUUGCUUUUAUUGUUUUGUAUUUGCUCUCUCUAUCUCUCUGUAAAAUAUAUUUUCCCAAGUAGAGAGUUUUGGAAUCUUUUGAGACA